AUGUCGACAGUACCCGAGACUCCUCGCCGUUCUUCUCAUGCCGUCCCAUCGACGCCGGCAACAUCACGCGUAGCGAAUGCAUCUAUCGUUCAAGCUUCUCCGCACUAUCAAACCACACGGCGGCAUUCUCUUUAUGGGACUGAGGACCGUGUCGUGAUCGACCCCGGUUCACAUAUCUGGAAAAUAGGCUUUAGCGGGGAGGGACGCCCCAGGGAUGUAUUUGCCAUAGAUGGCCUAUGGAGUUUGCGCCGCGCGCCAGUUAUUGCGGAUCGCGAGGAGGAGGAUCGGCUGCUUGAAGUCCGCAUACAGGACAAACUGCGCGCCGUGUUCCAUGACAUACUCUUGACCGACCCUAAGUCUCGGAAAGUGAUUGUAGUAGAACACCCUCUACUGCCACUCUACGUCAAAGACAUGUUCGCGCGCGUCCUAUUUGGGAACUUGCAGGUUCCCUCUCUGUCUUUUGCAUCCAGCCAUCUCCUUUCGCUUCUCGCCGUGGGACGAAUCACCGGACUCGUACUCGACUGCGGUAACCUCGAGUCGACUGCAUUACCGAUAUUCUCCUCCCGUCCGCUGUUUCCGCAGCUCAGGACAACGCCUCUGGCAGGCGCGCGAUUGACCAACCAUCUCCGAGCGCUUUUGCUUCUGUUCGGCACAUACCUUCCGCCACCCACUUCCCUCAGCGGCGCAGCCAACAUCCCGGCAGCCACACGAUCCACUCGAGUGCCACAAGAAGUGCUGACCGAUGCCGUGAUUGAGGAUAUCAAGACUCGGUGUUGUUUCGUUGGCGAACCCUUCGACACAUCGUCUGAUAUGCAUGUCAUGGGCACGCCGAGCGAAGAGGCCAUGGAUCUCGAUCUGCCGCCAAGCGUCGCGCCGUCAGAGUCGGAUUACUCUCGCGUGUCUCACGAACUUGAGAGCGCACCGGACUCGUCUGGUUUCUCCGUGGUUUCCCGUUCACAGGUUGUGCCACAGCGUACAGAAAGCCACCUCGAGGCAUUGGCGAACAUGUACAAGCGACAUUCGACUGCAACAGAUCUUCAGUUGAAGGUUACACCACCAGUGGCCCAGCAAACGGGCACUGGUAUGGGUACACUCGUCAUCCCGGGUUGGAUACGCGAGCGCGGCGCCGAGGUUCUGUUCGAAGGGGGAGAUGUUGAUGAGAGCAGCAUGGCAGAAAUCAUACUCGAAUCAUUAUUAAAGGUCCCUGUGGAUUUACGACGCACUCUAGCCUCAUCGAUCCUGGUUACGGGAGGUACGGCAAUGCUGCCAGGAUUUAUUCGCCGACUACACUCGGAGUUGCUCCGCGCUAUCGCAUCUUCCGGCUCGUCAGCCGCUCGGCCACCAAUGCGGCCCGACCGUCCCCGCCCUCCCGCAUACGACCGAUACGCGGCCCUCCGCCCUCUCGUGCCGCACCUUGCGGUGCUCAACAACCCAUCUCCGCCGCCGCCGACGGGGAGGGCACCUGCGUUCGCGCCUGCAACGAUGGCGUGGGUGGGCGGCUCACUCGCGGGAUCACUCAAGAUCGGUGGGGUCGAACUGUCGCGAGAAAAGUGGGACGAAGCCGACGAGGAUUUGCGCGAACAGGAGGAAGAACAUGCUGGUGCCGUCCUCGACCCACCUAGACGCGUGAUACGCACCGUUCUGCCAGACUGGACAAGAACACCAUUGCCUUUAGGCGCGCCGCCUGCGAAUCGACCUGUCCAAGUCCCGGAAGCAGCAGCACUCCGGGCGGCCGUAGGAGCGUGA